GUCAGUCGAGACUGAACAGAGCGCAGCUGAGAGGAGGGAGGAGGGGAAUGAUGGGAGCGACUUUUUCUCUCGUUUAUAUGACACAUAUCCUGCUGUAGACCCAGAAAUCAUCCAGCCUGGUUCUUAUUUUCGAGGGGGUUUUUUUUCCACCAAGAUGUCCGCCUCGGCGAUAUUCAUCCUUGACCUGAAGGGAAAGGUUUUGAUUUGCCGUAACUACAUGGGGAACAUGGACAUGAAUGAAAUUGACCACUUCAUGCCCAUGCUGAUGAAGAGGGAGGAGGAUGCUGAGAUGGCACCGCUGGUCAGCCAUGGCUCAUCACACUUCCUUUGGAUCAAACACAGCAACCUUUACUUGGUAGCAAUGACAAAGAAGAAUGCCAACGCUGCUCUUGUGUACUCCUUUCUUUAUAGAAUAGUUCAGGUAUUUAAAGAGUAUUUUAAGGAGCUGGAGGAGGAAAGUAUUCGUGACAACUUUGUGACAGUGUAUGAACUGAUGGACGAAGUGAUGGACUUUGGAUUCCCCCAGACAACUGAGAGCAAGAUCCUACAAGAGUACAUCACCCAGCAGGGGCAUAAGCUGGAGGUUGGGGCACCUCGACCACCUGCCACUGUCACCAAUGCGGUUUCCUGGCGGUCAGAGGGCAUCAAGUACAGGAAGAAUGAAGUUUUCAUGGAUGUUAUAGAGUCUGUAAAUCUUUUGGUGAGUGCCAACGGCAGUGUCCUGCGCAGUGAAAUAGUGGGCAGCAUCAAGCUCAAAGUCGUCCUGUCAGGAAUGCCAGAACUCAGGCUGGGCCUCAAUGACAAAGUGUUAUUUGAGCUCACUGGCAGAGAGAAGAGCAAGACAGUGGAGCUGGAAGAUGUGAAGUUUCAUCAGUGCGUCCGUCUGUCGCGCUUUGAGAAUGACCGCACCAUCUCUUUCAUCCCCCCCGAUGGCGAAAGCGAGCUCAUGUCGUACCGCCUCAACACAACGGUGAAGCCUCUUAUAUGGAUUGAGAGCGUUAUUGAAAAGUUCUCUCAUAGCCGUGUGGAGAUCAAAGUGAAGGCUCGUAGUCAAUUCAAGAGCCGCUCCACCGCCAACAAUGUGUCCAUUAUGGUGCCCGUGCCGAGCGAUGCUGACUCACCCAAGUUCAAGACCAGCACCGGCAGCGCCAAGUGGGUGCCUGAGAAGAGUGCAGUGCAGUGGAACAUCAAAUCUUUUCCUGGGGGGAAGGAGUAUGUGAUGCGAGCACACUUUGGGCUGCCCAGUGUAGAGGGCAACGAGUUGGAAGCAAAGAGACCAAUCACAGUUGAUUUUGAGAUCCCUUAUUUCACUGUCUCUGGGAUUCAGGUGCGCUACCUAAAGAUUAUAGAGAAGAGUGGUUACCAGGCUUUGCCGUGGGUGCGCUACAUCACACAAAGUGGAGAUUACCAGCUCCGGACGAACUAAAGGGCACAGCUGCUGCUGCUAGACGGAUGGGUAGUUUCUCCUUCUGCCUGUCACCAUCUUUGUCCCCGUAUCUCGAGCUUGGAGUCAGCAGACGACAAGAGCAGGAGGACAUCUGAAAAUUUGCCCCACAGUAAAUGGUAACUGUAAAUGUCUUCUGCAUUUACAAAACUCAAAAAUGGAAGAAGUGUUGCAUCACUUCUGAUCUGUAUUUCCUAGAAUGGUUCUUCAGGACUUCAGUAAAACAUUUUUAUUACAUGAAUAAUAAAUUAACAAUUCUGGUUCUGGCUACUGCUGCUCCACAGUUAAUGUCAUUUUCCUCCAACUUAAUUUAGGGCACAGUUUUGGUAAAAACUCAAAUGUUACUCAAGAUACCAUCUAUAUUAUGUAAUGAGACUAUAAUGUGAUUUGCUCAUGUAUAACAUGUAAAUGAACCGAUUACAUGGUGCAGGAAUAGCUCUGAGAUAAAGCAGGUUUUUAUUUCUAAAAUGGACCGAGAUGAUGAAGAUUUGUGACAUGAUAAAUUUAAAAAGGGGCAUGUGCUUCCUACCUUUUCUUCUUCAGUGGAGAACAUUAUAUAUUGCUCUAUGCAGGAUCAUAACCACACCUUUAAAUCGAUGGGCUUAUGAAACUGUCAAGGUUCCCAUUCUCCGUAUUUUUGUCAUUAAUAUUUCUAUCACCAUGAAACAUCACUGUGACAUUAUCUCAGAUAUAUAUUCUGCCUGAACUGCAAUAUAAGUUCAGGGCCCUGGAAAUGUCUGCCAUCACCACAGGCACUGUGAACACAAUCCUCAGUGCACUGAAAUUAACACCAGCAACCAGGUCAAUCAUUAAUAAGGCACAAUAUUGUCAGAGGCAUCGACUGUAAGAUAAAACCGAAGACUUACUGGGGUUAUAACCUUGUCCCUGUUGUUGAAAUCAACAUUACAGCAUUGAGACUCUCCAGGAAGAAGCCUGGGGAGAAAACAAAUCGUACUAUGUUAUCUUUUGUUUAGGCUGCAUUACUUAGUCCAGUUUGGAUUCAAGCAUCAACGAACAAAUGGGGUAAAGGACUAACAGUGUGACGGGAAGGGCUAAAGUAGGGUAGUUUUUUUGUUUUUUUUGUACUUAAAAUUUUAUUAGCAUAAACGUGUAACUUUUACCAAUACCAUUUUGUUUUGUUAAGCUUUUUUAGAAUAAUGUGUUUUUCGUAAAAGGCCUCUACUGCAAUCCUUCUUUAUUCUGUAUAAACAUAAGUGUGGUUGUUUUUUAAGACUGUGCUAUUGUGUCUGAUUUAUUUAUCAACUGUUUGUCCAUAAGAAACAAAGGGAUAUAUUUGGAAAUAAAAACAUUUUUGUAACCUG